CUUGUCGUUGAUUGGCCGAAAGUCCUCUCCCACUUUAGCAGGAUGUUUAACGUUUUCGAUGAAGCAAUAAGGCGCUUGUCUCCAAGGACGUGUUCCACACAGUGAAAAAGAAAGAACAGUUACAGGAAAUAUUUCCACAACUUUUACACAGACUACUAAUAUUCGGGCAAACGAAAGGCCCAUACAGAUUCAGUUUGUUAGCCAGAGCACAACCGUUGCUGAUUUUGUUUUUGUUUUUUUUUUGUGUGUAUCCAGGAUAUUUACGCACCAACACACCUCCGUAUAAUUUUGACCUUAUAUCCAUUACUCCCUGUUUUCAUAUUUGAACAUAAACGCAACAUGUCUCUCAUCAGAAAUUUCAGUACUUCGUCUCAAGCAGAAGCUGACACAAGCAAGAAAGUGUUGGUUCUCUAUACAGGUGGAACCAUUGGUAUGAAACGGGACACGAAUGGAAGUUAUGUCCCAGUGCAAGAUUUCCUGUUUGAUGCAUUGAAAGACAGGUUCCAUGAUUAUGAAUAUAGUCAAAAGUUCUUUGUUGAUGAGGAACAGUAUUCCAGUUUUGUACUUGGACCGGAGGAGUGCAACACUGCUAAGAUUAACAACUGGUGCCAAAACAGAAGUUUUCAGCUAUCAACAAAAGAAGGCUCCCGCAUCCACGUGAAAUUCAUUGAGUAUGAUCCAUUGGUUGACUCAAGCUGUAUGUCAUAUGAUAUUUGGAUUAGGAUUGCCAAUGAUAUAAAAGCAGAGUAUGAGAAUUUUGAUGGUUUUGUUAUUCUACAUGGAACUGACACUAUGGCUUAUACAGCUUCAGCAUUGUCGUUUAUGUGUGAAAAUCUUGGCAAACCCAUCAUUCUUACGGGUUCUCAGAUUCCAGUUAUUGAACUGCGCAGUGAUGGUUACGUCAACUUCAUCUCAUCUCUUAUUGUAGCUGCUAAUUAUUGCAUCCCAGAGGUUAUGCUGUGCUUUGAUUCCAAUGUUUACCGUGGUUGCCGAGUUGUGAAAAUAGAUACUGGUGCAUUUGCAGCCUUUGAUUCUCCAAACUUAACCCCACUUGUGAAACUGGGAUUCAAAAUCCAAGGUGAGCUUAUUUUGUCUUCACACUGCUUCCAAAUUUUGGUACACAGCCAGAAAUUUGGGGGAAAUGGGGAAAGCCGAUCACAUCCUCAAAACCCAUCUUUUUCACCAUACAGUCAUGCCUGUGCCCUUUCCAUCAACAUGACCGCAAUCAACACCAUUACCACCACCACCAUCACUAUCAUUACCGCUACCAUCAACCAAUAUUACCACCAUCACCACCACCAUCAUCAUCACCACCACCACCACCGCCAUCAACACAACCAUCAUCAUCAUCCCAUCAAUACCGCCAGCAUCACUGCCACCAUCUCUCUCACAUAUUCUUUCAUCGAUCCACACACUUUAUAUCAUUUUCUUCAUUUGUUCCAGAUCAAAGCAGUUAUAAUGUCCGAAGGUAUCAAAGGUAUUGUUCUACAGACAUUCGGUGCUGGAAAUAUUCCUACCAACCAAAAACACUUUGUUGCUCUGCUAAAAGAGGCAUCGGAAAAGGGUAUUCUGAUAGUCAACGUAACCCAGUGUUCCAAAGGCUCUGUCGGCAGAUAUUAUGCUUCCUGUGAGGGUCUUGGAGAGGCAGGUGUGAUUCCUGGUGGAGAUAUAACACUGGAAGCCGCCAUCACCAAAUUGAUGUAUGUCCUAGGACAAGAAAAUCUCACACUGGAGCAAAAAAAAAAGUUCAUGAAGAAGAACCUUCGUGGUGAAGUGACGAUUGUACCCAAAACCGAUUCCCCUUUGAACUUUGAACUUAUUGCACUGAUGGCGAAAAGGUUGAGCCUAAGCACAAAUGCGGAAAUUGAAAGUUUACGUGAUACCAUUUUCCCGGACUUGAUUUGUACUGCUGCCAAGACAGGAAAUCUGAAUUCUAUGGUGGACUUGAAAGAGAAGGGUGGCAAUCUAUCGUGCUUCAACAAAGAGAACCGCUCUCCACUACAUAUUGCAGCACGAAGUGGAUAUCAUGAUAUGGUGUUGUACCUCCUGAAGGAAGGUGCUUCUGUACACCAACGAGACGACAACAAUUGCACACCAUUGAUUGAUGCCAUAUCUGGUAAUCACCUGAACAUCAUCGAUGCUCUGGUUGAGACUGGAGCCAGUCUAAACUACAUGGAAAGUGAUACCAUUGGGAUGCAUCUUUGCAGUCUUGCUGCUGUUGAUAAUGUGAAGGCCCUGGAGUCGUGGAAACGAGCCGGAGCAGACCUAAAUACUAAAGAUUACAUGGGGUCAACAGCUCUUCAUGUUGCAGCCAAUAAAGGCCAUGAAGAGGCUGUUCAAUUCCUGUUGAGAAAUGGCUCCAAUCCUGAGGUUACUGACACAAAUGGAAGACCAGCAGAGUAUUAUGCCAAAAAACACAAUAUUGCUCAUUUAUUUUGACAUUUAUGACUUUGAUGAAAUAACAACAGUUAAAUUUCAUUUGUGAAUUAGAACAACAUGUCUAGAAAUUUGGAAAUUCUUGUAUGUCAGAUAUUGGAAAUUUGUUGUGUGUAUUAUGUAAGUGUAGCUAUUUUCUUUACUCUGUGUGUGUAUGUGUGUGUGUGUGUGUGUGUGUGCAUGUGUAUGCUUGUGUACUCCCUGUGUGUGUGUAUGAAAAGAGUGCUUACACAUGUGACCUUAUCUACAUGCAAUAAUAUAUACUUGUGUAUUUGCAUAUAUGUAUAUAAUUUUAUAUAAAACUAGAACUGACUGUGAUGAAAAUAGCAUUAAUUAACUAAGCUGUUCAGUUUUUCUCAAUGGGUCAUUUGAGUUAGUCUAUUAAUAAUGAACUUAUAAUGACUACUUAUACAUAUAUAUAAGCAAAAAAACAAGAGGCAAAGAAUUUUGAUAUCUCCUCUAAGAAAAUAUUAAAAUUCUUUGCUCUCCCAUCUUUUUGUUUUUUUGUUGAUAUAUAAAUAUAUAGACUCACAUACACAUAUAUUCACCUAUGUGUAUACACACAUCAUCACCAUUAUCAUUUUAUGUCAUUUUGCUUUCCAUGCUGGCUUAGGUUGAACAGGUUGUCUCGGUCCAAGUCAAUUCUUCUUCGGAGUCACUGACCGAUUUGUCAAGUCAAACAUUGCAUAUCACUGACAUGUUUUGUUUUUGUCAGGAUUUCUAUGGCUGGAUGCUCAUUCUAACACUAACCAUGAAAAAAAAAAGCAACCAGUACACUCUAUAAAAUGAUUGGUACUAUGAAGCGCAUCCAGUUGUUGAAACCCUCUAUUAAAGCAACCGUGUUUGAACUGGCUGUAUUUUGUCAAACGAGCCAACCCAUGCCAUCAUGGAAGAUGGACAUUAAAAGAUGACGGUGAUAGUGGUGGUGGUGGUGGUGAUGAUGGAUGAUGAUGAUAAUGGUAAUGUUGAUAGUGAUGGUGAUGAUUAUAUGUUGGGUGCACAACACAUCAAAAUCCCUUUGCAAUAUCUUGCUUGCCAACUGGUAUGUUACUGGCAACGACUGAAAUACUUACUGAAACACUUACUGAAGGACUUCCCUAAGCAUAUCAUUGUUUUUUUUAUUACAUUGCAAAUUAGUUGUUUUUUCAAGUUACAAGGUGGGAUUAGAACCCAGUAUGCACAGAAUUGUUAGUAUGCUCAGCAAAAUGCUUAGCAGUAUUUCAUCUGCCGUUAUGUUCUGAGUUCAAAUUCCACUGAGGUCAACUUUGCCUUUCAUAAUUUUGAGUUCGAUUAAAUAAGUACCAGUUAUGCACUGGGGUCGAUGUAAUCGAAUUAAUCCCUUUGUCUGUCCUUGUUUGUCUCCGCUAUGUUUAGUCCCCUGUGGUCAAUAAUGAAAUAAAUAUUUAAGCAUCACUUGUAAGCCGGCAAGCUGCCAGAAUCAUUAGCAUGUCAGGCAAAAUGUUUAGUGACAUUUUGUCUGUCUUUACGUUCUGUGUUCAAAUUUCACAGGGGUCAACUUUGCUUUUCAUCCUUUCAGAGUCGAUAGAAUCAGUCCCAGUCAAGCACUGAGGGUUGAUGUAAUUGACUUACUCUUGUCCCAAAACUGUUGGCCUUAAUUGGCCAAAAUUCGAAAUCAACAUUUAUAUAUCGCUUGCACAAACCAUACAAAAGCAAAACUGUGUUUUCCAAAAAUUCAUGUUACAAACCUCCCCACUUCUUUAUCUCUCUCUCUUUCUGAAUUUCUAUAUAUAUGUGUGAAUGUGUGGACACAAGUUCAUAUAUAUGUAAUAUGGCAGCUAUGUCUAAUUCAGACAUUUAAUCAAGACAAAUUCUGUUGAAUCUCAUGCUUAAGUUGUCUUUGAAAUACCAAAGCUUUAUUAUUGAUGUCUCAUAAUAGCAUGGAACUUUGGAUAGUAUUACAGCUAAAUAAGAGGCAAUCAAGUUUUUACAAAAGACCAAUAUAUCAUGUACCAUAUGUUAUGUAAUUCUGUUAGGAUUACAAAUAUAUGUGUUUAAAUGCUGGUUUACUUUUGGGACAUUUGUAUAGAUAUAAUAAUCAUUUGGUUCAAAUAAAAUAAUUAAAAAUAA